GAUUCCUCUCGUCAGGCUAAAGGAAUUGGUACCAAAAUUGAUAAAGGCCAGAAACAGCUAGUUAUGGCUUCGCGCGUUGUGAACGCGCGCCAUUUUGGGCGUUUCCCACAUGAUCGAUUUCCUAAUUUUGUCCUUUUUGAAAGAAAAUUUUUCGAAACGAAUUUAUUUAUUUUUGGCGGAAAUUUAAAUCUUGUUUUUAACGAUUUUUGGUCGCGGGGACAAAUCAAAUUAUUUUUUUGUGAUUAAUUUUAGUAUUGUUUAUUUUGAUUAUUUAUCUCGUUAACUGUAAAAAUAAAUUUUUUUUACUCAAAGGAAGGGUGAAAAAUUCACGUGCCUUAAUUUCUAAGCUUUGUUGCCAAAUUGACCUCCAUUAAAUUUGUUUUUAAAUUUGAUACUUUCUUGUUUUUCGUACUCUUUUUAUUUUUAGAAUAUAUACAAAUAAAUAAAUUUUAACAAAAUGUCUGGUGGCGGCAAAGAUAGAAUUGCUGUUUUUCCUUCUCGAAUGGCACAAUCUGUAAUGAAGACUCGUCUUAAAGGUGCUCAGAAAGGACAUAGUUUGUUGAAGAAAAAGGCGGAUGCUUUGAAUUUGCGUUUUCGUGAAAUUCUGAAGAAAAUUACGGAGAAUAAGAAAAAGAUGGCAGAAAUACUUAAAGAAGCGGCCUUUUCUUUGGCCGAAGCAAAAUUUACUGCUGGCGAUUUUUCUCCCCAUGUCGUUCAAAAUGUUUCUACACAGGCUCAAUACACUAUUAAAAUGAGGAAAGAUAAUGUUGUUGGUGUUUUUCUUCCCGUGUUUGAAGCUCAUAGACGUGAAGGGUUGGAUGGGGAUGCUUAUAAUUUGACAGGUCUUGGAAAGGGUGGAGCUAAUAUUGGGAAAUUAAAAAAGAAUUACAAUAAAGCAAUAGAAUUAUUGGUUGAACUUGCAACAUUACAAACUUGUUUUAUUACUUUGGAUGAAGCUAUAAAAAUUACUAAUCGACGUGUUAAUGCUAUUGAGCAUGUUAUUAUUCCUAAAAUUGAAAAUACUUUGACUUAUAUUGUAACAGAAUUGGAUGAAAUGGAAAGAGAAGAAUUCUUUCGAAUGAAGAAAAUUCAAGCAAAAAAGAAGAGAGACAGAGCUUUGGCUGAAACUAAAGAUGAAUAUAAUGAGAGACAACCAGAUGAUGGACGUCCAAUUCGUAAUAUGUUGGAUGAAGAAGAUGAUUUGCCUGUACUUUUUACUUAA